AUGCCUACUUCGCGAGAAGGUACGCCAGGGGUAGGGGCGAGUCGGACGAGCAGAGAAUAUAAUUCAAGCGAAGUGCGCAUGGAGAGAACGCAGGUUACAACGAGAGAAAGGGUCCAAGUCAGGUCCAAGAAACAGCCUCCAAGUUCAGCAUCAGCGCCAAAGAGCGAUUGGGAGAAACCAAAAGCGAAGAAGCCCAGUAAAAAUGAGGUUCCAAACCCCGUUGUUAGGUCAAGGAUGAAGGGAGAAGGAAAUAGAAAAGAACAGCCAGAGGCGCCUUGGGAGCCGCAAGCAAAUUUAGUUCCGCAUUCGACCGCUCCCCUUGCAUGCCGUGUAUCUGUGCCUCCCCUCUCGUCGCUGGUUCCGCAGGCACUACGCCCACCACCGCUCCGGGAACUAAAUAUGGAGGCGCAGGAGACCUCAAUUCUUGAGGACCUACUAUUUGUUUUCAUGGGAUACGAGGGCGAAUAUAUCCACUUUGUCAACUCUUAUAAUCCGUCUGAGGAAACAGAUCGCUUAAUUGGACCAUCUUUUCAAAUAGAACCAGGCCUUGAACCUAGCUUGAAGGAUCUUACUCUUUCCAUGCUGAAAAUGGCAACCCACUACAGCGCCAUGGAGGCCUUUGUAGAAGUUCAAAGCAGAGCGGAAUUUGGUGCCGUCAACCAUGCCCUUUGCGCUGCAAUACGCAAGUUGCUAAAGGACUAUCUUAUUCUAAUCGCCCAGUUAGAAAACCAACUUCUCAAUAAUCGUAAUUUUACAUUACAUGUUCUCCACCUCCACGUCAUGCCGACCAGCCAGACUCCCGGGAGCAUGUCCAGCAAAAAGCUCUGCAAAGGCGGUAAUGUUUUAGGAGUAUUAACUCAGCGACUUGCGACUUUCUCUGGCGACCCAACGACGGGAACAUUGCUUCAGACUCUGUUGCGCGAGGCUAGCCGUCCAUAUAUGACCAUGCUAAACGAGUGGCUGCACCAGGGAGCCAUCAACGAUCCUCACGCGGAAUUCCUCGUCAAAGAGCAGAAAGGCAUCAAGCGUGACAAACUCGAGGAGGAUUAUACCGAUGAAUAUUGGGAGAAGCGAUAUACCAUCCGUGACAGCGAAGUUCCCCCCCAGCUGGACACAGUCAGGGAUAAGGUUUUGCUUGCUGGCAAGUAUCUCAAUGUUGUUCGCGAAUGUGGGGGGGUUGAUAUCAGUAAAGAGAUUCGAGAUGUUCCUUUGACUUUUGACGAUCCACGAUUUCUUGAUAACGUAAAUUCGGCGUACGCAUAUGCAAAUGCCUCUUUACUCAACCUUCUCCUAACGAAAAAUUCUUUGACGACCCGAUUCCGCUCUUUGAAGCAUUACUUCUUCCUUGACCGUUCUGAUUUCUUCUCUUACUUUUUGGAGUUAGGGGCAUCGGAGCUCCGUAAACCGGCAAAGAAUGUCAAUGAAGGCAAGUUGCAGUCUUUGCUUGACCUCGUUCUUCGGCAACCUGGUAGCAUUGCUGCCCAAGAUCCAUUUAAGGAAGAUGUGAAGGAUAACCCAGAUGGCGGGCUUGAAAAAUAUCAAACCCCUGCUCCACAAGUUACAGAGGAAGAAAAAGAUAUUAUCGGGUUUGAUGCCCUAGAACUCGACUACAUGGUGCCAUUCCCUCUCUCACUUGUUAUUAGCCGCAAAACCGUCCUCCGUUAUCAGCUCAUUUUCAGGUACAUCCUCUCCCUUCGCCAUCUAGAAACAUUACUCGGAGCCUCCUGGCAAGAUCAUAUGAAAAUGCAAAGCUGGCGACAUAGAUCAUCGGACCGAAAACUCGAGCUAUGGAAGCGAAGGGCCUGGACAUUACGCGCUAGAAUGCUCAUAUUCGUGCAGCAGUUGCUUUACUUCUGCACAGCCGAAGUAAUUGAACCCAACUGGCAGAAUCUCAUGGACAGGGUGAAUGGCGAUGAUGCUGAUGGGACCGAGGUUAUGAUAAAUGGGACAAAGCAGGUCAAUCGGACUGUUGAUGAAUUAAUGCAAGACCACGUUGAUUUCUUAGACACUUGUUUGAAAGAGUGCAUGUUAACUCAGGGGAAACUGCUCAAGAUCCAUUCCAAACUCAUGAUCUGCUGUACUAUGUUCGCUUCCUGGACAGCGUCGUCGCUCUCACGCAGUCUUGUCUCCGCGGAUCCAGAUCUGUCAGGACCCAGCUCCAAACCGAGCAUCCCCGGUUCCGAUGCCACUAAGGCGUAUGAUGCCACGCGCCUAGGCAAACUUGAGGAUACUUUAAAAAGAUAUGAAGAUCAUUUCAAUCGACACCUGAGGAUAUUGAUGGACAGCUUGAACUAUUUCGCUGCUACUGAAAGCGUAGUUUUGCUCAAACUGGCCCAUUCUUUGAGCACGAUCUGCAAAGAAGAUUGA